CAAGUGUCCGGGGUGGGAGGGAGACAGGGCACGUCUCAAAGAGGGAGAGAAUGUUGUCGUAGUCGACCCGGAGGAAACAAAGAGAUCAUGGCGGCGGCGAGCUUGUUGCAGGGAGGGGAGGCUGCGGCUGGAAGAAUGCAUGGAGCGGGGACUGCGGUCCACGAGGGAAGCGCGGCGUGUUUGCAGAACGCAGUCUGUGAUGCUAGCUGUCUUUCUAAGCUAACUCAAUGACCAUGGAAUCAGCUGCCGAGUCACAGCAGGGUGCGGACACUGCUGUCUCUGAGACCGAUAGCCAGCAGAUUGCACAAGCGCAGAUCGCCAGCCUGGCACAGGUCUCCAUGGCGGCUGCACAUGCCACCUCAGCCAGCCCCACUGUCACCCUCGUCCAGCUACCCAACGGUCAAACGGUGCAAGUGCAUGGGGUCAUCCAGGCGGCCCAGCCCUCAGUCAUUCAGUCCCCCCAGGUGCAAACCGUACAGAUCUCCACAAUCGCAGAGAGCGAGGACUCUCAGGAGUCAGUGGACAGUGUGACGGACUCCCAGAAGCGUAGGGAGAUCCUGUCCAGACGCCCCUCCUACAGGAAGAUCCUGAAUGACCUGUCGUCAGAUGCACCUGGUGUCCCGCGCAUAGAGGAGGAGAAAUCUGAGGAGGACUCCGCACCAGCCAUCACUACCGUUACCGUGCCAACGCCCAUCUAUCAGACCAGCAGUGGCCAGUACAUCGCCAUCACCCAGGGAGGGGCGAUCCAGCUGGCCAGCAACGGCACAGACGGGGUGCAGGGCCUGCAGACGCUGACCAUGACCAACGCUGCCGCUGCGCAGCCCAGCACCACCAUCCUGCAGUAUGCCCAGACCAGCGACGGCCAGCAGAUCCUGGUGCCCAGCAACCAGGUGGUGGUGCAAGCCGCCUCCGGGGACGUCCAGGCCUACCAGAUCCGCACAGCCCCCACCAGCACCAUCGCCCCCGGGGUGGUCAUGGCGUCGUCCUCCACCCUGCCCAGUCAGGGAGGAGCCGAGGAGGCCACCCGCAAACGGGAGGUUCGGCUGAUGAAGAACAGGGAGGCAGCACGUGAGUGUCGCCGGAAGAAGAAGGAGUAUGUCAAAUGCCUGGAGAACCGUGUGGCCGUGCUGGAGAACCAGAACAAAACCCUCAUUGAGGAACUGAAAGCACUUAAAGACCUGUACUGCCAUAAAUCUGAGUAACCCCCCCCUCUUCCCGCCCCGCUUCUGCGCACCUGUACAGAGACUCCGCCCAGCACUAACCCCCUGGGCACGGACACUCCUUUUUUCUAAAUGUUUUUUAAUGCUACAAACUGCCUAUGAGAAAAUACAGGAAUAAGGAAAAGAAAAACUUGCAACCUAAGGUCAAAUUUCCUCCCUUUACUUGCAAAGCAUGACCUUAAAAAAAGGAAAAAAAAAAAAAAAGAACUUUUAUCACAGAAAUCCAUUUUUAUUUCUCCUGGUUGGUGAGAGCACACAGGAUUGAUGCUUCUUGGAGAGACGGCAGACUGGUUUGAAGGACAGGAGUUGAAAGGCUGAAGGUUGUAUGGGGGGUGUGUGAUUGAGGGCUCCAGGAAAAUUCAAAUAUUUCAGGAAAAUGUCUUCUGUAAGCUUCUGAUGCUAAUCUGGUCAUUGGAUGGUUGGACCUCAGUUCAGAAAGGAAUGGAAUCUAUGUGUCAUAACUGAGAAGAAAAAAAGCCUGUCAUACCCUCCACAUCCAUACCACCCACUCCUUUCUGACUUCAUGAGUAUCAAGACGUCACCAGUAGGAGUAAUGUAAGAGCCAUCACUACCUGACCCCCCCACUCUUGAAGGGGAGGAAUGGAAAUAUUGGAGUAUGGAGUAUUUGGAUUUGAGCCCUGCUAGAGAGGGCAUUGGUGUGAAACCCACGUUUUGUGGGUAAUGUCUACCCAUUUGUGUGUUCAUUUCAAUGCCUGUGUCACUAACAUGGCUCUGAAGCAAGUGCAAAUCUUCUGUUUCAGUGUUUUAGGUUGAAUUAAUUUUUUCCAUACCUCUAAUUUCAGCAUUUUUGAAUUUGUUACCUUAUUAAACUAUGGCUGAGGAGUGGUUGGCAAAUAUUUUGAGUGGGGUUGAGGACUGAUCCCGGAUUACUGUACAUUGAUUACCACUUAAAGAAACUACAGGCCCUUAACAGUUAGUAGAGAUAUCUGUUUGUAGUGUGCACGUAUCACUAUGCUUGCCAGGUAGACCUACUCCAGGACAUACAGUCAGUAGUGAAGCCAGUGGAAUUCCAGUUACACACUACGACCAGUGCACUCCUUCCUGUCUGUCACUGAGAAAGCUCUGCUCGUCCAGAGAAGUCUCUGUACAGUGCUGUGCUCAGACGUCCCUGUAAUACACUCAUGCCUCAUAGAGCUGUUUCACCCUGCUUUCGUGUCAACAUUGUUAAAACCAGUCCAUCCGAGGCCCAUUUGGAGACGUUGGGGACUGCUAUUGGCGUGGAGAUGGGGAUGUAACCGAGAACUGUAGAACUGGAACGAGCCUGGCUCAUUAGACCCCUCUUUAUCUGCAGAGCUGGAACCAGCCUGGCCCGUUGUAGCCCUUUUCCACUGUAAAUAUGGAAAUGAACUGGCCCGUAAUACCCCUUUUCCACUGUAGAGCUGGAAACAGCUACAACUGCUUCCAUCCUGCACUGUGUGAUCUGGGCCGCAGCCCAUGGCUACAGUUGCAAUCACUUGCUCUCUCAGAUUCACCAGCAGAAAAGAAUCUAGCGGUCCAUACAGUUGGGUAGUUUCGAUUGGGUUACGUAGAAGACAGCUGUUUCUGCAUUGCUUUUGGGACCAUUUUUGCAGAUUGUGUCAGCAUUAGUAAAACAGCUAUGUCUGGAAAAGGCACUACAGGGGUAAAACCUGGUUCACCUGUAAAGCCUGGGCCUCCAGCUUCAGAAGCUGGGAAAAAAAUCCACUGAAAAGGAAGAGAUAAUGGGCUACUUCAUAUUUUCUUUCAUUGGAUUAAGGAAUACCAUAUUGUAUUAUUAAUGUAACUGUUAUUAUUGGAGC